GCGACCAGUCGAGUUUCCCGCGUGUUGCUACGAGGGUGUGCUACGCCGGUCCGCCAUCGCCUACGACGCGUAGUUACUCCGCUACGACGGCGACGCGCACCGAAUUCAUACAUUCCAAAAUAACAGUGACUGUGCACAAGGAAUUGAUUUGUGUGUACGCGUUUGUGUGACCUAAUACUUUGAAGUGAGUGAUCCACAGGUUCAUAAUAAAGAACCGAGCCACUUCGAUUGCUUCAUCGGAAGCUGCCAUCAAGCCAGCCCGAGUACCGUGUUUGGGAAUUCGGGACAGGCGGGAAGACGAGCCAUCGAUUGAUGACUAACUUCUCGCACCAUCGACCAGUGGCGUAAGAGACAAACGAAGUGGAAUAGUUAAUUUUCAAGUUAGAGGGGGAACAACGACAGGCAGGUGUCAUACGGCGACCAUGCGGGGUGGAGGGGGAUAGCAUGACAGAACCUGCCACGGCGGCCUGAUGGCGCUAGUGCGCCGGAUAUUAGGCGACGCCCAGGCGAAACUCCGCAAAAUGGUUGAUGAGCAAGUGUCGGUUGGAGCUCGGGUGGAGGUCGAUGAACCCGAGCCAGCCGACCCUCUCAUCACCCCAGCCAGCUCAGCCCUCGAGAGGUCAGACUUGGAUACCAGACCUGUGCCUCCAGAACGAAGACUCCUGAUUGGAACUUUGGAUAAAAGGAACGGAUCUCUCAACGGCGACAAAGAAGCGACACUAAAUAGGACGUCGAGGCUCUCUAUUAGAAACGGGAAAGACAAUCCAUUUUUAGAUGACGACAAUAAAGAAAAUCAAGCAAAUGGCAAGCUAGAAUCUCCAGUGAAAUGGUCGACUCAAAAUGGCAGUGACAGUGGCACAUACGCUGAGAUAGGGACAGGUGGGAACAGUACAAGUGAGAGGAACGUACUGGAUCCUGCAGACAGCUCGGAGGAGGAGGUGCCUCUGCCUGACGCCACGUCGCCAGGCAGGAGCAGUGACGGACCUGAACCACGGGCGGACAUCACGGCCACUCUUGAUGGAGAAGCGGCGUCUCCCGGCGGCCGGUCGGAUCGGUCGCGGCAGGAGGAGGUGCUCGCGUCUCCAGGGAUGCUCAGCGCAGCCCAACUCGCGAGGAGACUACGCCUUGAAAACGAACGAUUGCAGGCGGAACUGACAAGAGUCCGUCGUCUGCUCGUAUCAGCAGCAGAACGAGGGGAAGCUGGAACUGCUCUGAUAGAGAAGGCGAAAGGAGAAGGUGGUCAGGAGGUACCACCGCUCGACCCUCAGCAGUUAGAGAAAGAGUUGUUGCUGGCGAGAGAGGCCGUUAAUUCGCUCAAAGCAGACAAGAAAAGGCUGAAGGCUGAGAAAUUCGAUUUGCUCAAUCAAAUGAAACAACUGUACGCUACGCUGGAAGAUAAGGAAAAGGAGCUACGAGACUUUAUACGGAACUAUGAACAGGUUUUAAAUAUGAGGUCGAGAGGCGGUGCAUCAUCAGCGUUGGGCGCCGAGCGAGCGGAGAGGGAGAGGGAACGGGCGGCUCUCCUCCGUCACGCUCGAGAUGAAGCUGAGCGCUCACUCCAACUCGCGGCCGCGCUGAGUGCACGCGACACUCAGCUGAGACACGCUAGGGAACAAUUGUUUGAGGCUAGGAGGCAGCUCCAAGCAGCGGGUUGCCUAUCAGAAGGCGAAAGCGUAGCUUCCCUUGGCAUGGGGCCGCCCAUGAUGCUAGGGGGUCCUUCCGGCCUCAUAGGGGACAGAGGCAGUUGCAGCGCAGACUCAGGUGUCCGAGUAACAGGCAGCAGCGACGGUGGCGCCACAUCAGUGUGUGGUGGCAACCUCUCUGACUCCACAGCUGAAGGUGUGCCUCCCACACUUGACCCUUAUGAUACUGACGCUGUUUCAUUGGUCUCGUCUGCGCAUCAUAUUUAUCAAUUGAGCACGCCCAGGGACUGCAGCCCGACCCUGUCACCUCACAACAGCGGUUCUCCCUUCACGCGCUCGAUCGACGCUGGAUCGCUCUCGAGGUCAGUAGAGCAGCUGUCUAGUCCAGGCGAAUGCGAAGCAGCGCUGGUAGGGCUUCGCCCCCGCGGCGCGGGAAAGGCAGGACGCGGUCGCGGCUCCGCCUGGGGCUCCAUAUCUCGGGUGUUCGCAAGAAGCAGGCACCGCACCAAGUCCGGCAGCGCCGCAAUCAGUGGACAUGAAAGUGAGCCUGUGUACGCGGGUACGGGUAGUACUAGCCGCGCGUGGUCUCCACUAGGCAGUGAAGCGGCGCUCAGGGAAGCGGCGUCAUUGCCGCUAGCAAGAUGGCGGGCGCCGGCCAUCUUGGCUUGGAUGGAGUUGGCGCUGGGCAUGCCUCAAUACUGCUGUGCUGUGGCCGAUAAUGUGAAGAGUGGGAAGAUGCGUGCUUUGAAUGGGCAGGUUCUGCUUGAGCUGUCGGAUGCGGACCUCGAGGUGGGACUCGGGAUCUCGCAGCCGAUGCAUCGGAAGAAGCUGCGGCUGGCGAUAGAGGAGAGAAGAAGGCCCGAUCUCGUGAGGAACCCGAGCAUUGGACAACUCAGUCACUCGUGGGUGGCCGCGGAGUGGUUGCCGGACUUAGGGCUGUCACAAUACACAGAGUCAUUCCUCGUAAACCUAGUCGAUGCUCGGAUGUUGGAUACAAUCAGCAAAAAAGAGUUGGAGAAGUACCUCGGGGUGACCAGGAAGUUUCACCAGGCCUCCAUCGUCCACGGCAUACAUUUGCUUAGAAUAAUGAAGUAUGAUCGACAGGCCCUAGCCGUGAGACGACACCAGUGCGAGAAUGUCGACGCAGAUCCCUUGGUAUGGACCAAUCAGAGGUUCAUGCGUUGGGCCCAUAAUAUUGACUUAGGAGAAUUUGCUGACAACCUAAAAGAUAGCGGAGUCCAUGGCGGAUUAGUUGUACUAGAGCCUUCAUUUACUGGAGAAACUAUGGCAACGGCUCUCGGAAUACCUCCCUCUAAAAGCAUUAUACGGAGGCAUUUGGUUGCGGAAUUUGAUGCGCUUGUGAUUCCCGCAAGGAAUAUGUUUGGCCACCAAAUCAGAAUGUUGGGUAGACCGUUUUCCAGAUCGGUAGCGACUGGAUUGCCAGGGAUAGAUCUUAGCGGCGAUUCUAGAAGACACAGUCUAAGGGGGUCAAUUACUCGAGCAUUAGGAGUGUUGAAGCCAAAACACGAGCGGACCUCUCCGUCAAGCUCCAGCGAAAGUUCGAGUGUCCUCAGCCUCACUCAGCCGUACCAGAUGACAUACUCCCCACCCAUCGCCGUGAGGACUUUAUCACAGCUGAGCAUGACAUACGCUCCUCCGCCCACAGUCCAGGAAUACGAACCGAUCUACACACCACUAAGUCUCUACUCUCAAUCUAGUCACUCCACAAGAGACAGUCUGCAAAAACUCAAUGAGAUAAAGGAAAACGCCGGCAUAACGCAUAGAUACGGGCAAAAGGCGGACCAUGCUCAUCGAGUGAGCUCGCCUCUCCCGGCCAAGUCGGUGGACGACACUGCUGUGAAGCAGAAGCGACACCGCCGCGUCAAGAGCAUCGGCGAUAUUAAUGCCUGCAGCAAAACGUCAGUGUAGUACGAACUGUCAAUUAUAAUCGCAUAACGAUGAAGCAUGGAUUAUAUUAUAGUAGAUAACGCAAGAGCUGUGAAUCCGUGUGUGGUCUUGAGACUUUUAACUUUUCAUGAUGACUUGUAAGCGCCAAGUGUUCUUUUUUGCAUAAUACGAAUAUGAUUUCAAUAAAAGCAUUUGCGAGAAUCGAUUACAAAAUCGAUUUACUUAAUAGGUAUCUUAUAUGAUAUCAAAUGAAAUUUGUAUCCGACUAUUUAAAACCGAGUUGUACGUAAUUGAUUCGAUUCAAGUAUUUUAUAAAAAACUGCAAAAGUACUUGCGUUAUCUAUUUUCUAAUAUUUUAAUCUGUGUAUAGAACCAAUGUGUAGUAAAUUUCUUAUGAAUGUAAAACAUCGCAUAUCGUAAUUUGAUAAAUGUAUUUGUGAAUAUCACAGUAUUCAUUAUAACAUUAUGACUAUACCAGAUUCCUUAAUAAUUCAAUAAUAUAUUUUGUUUUAUAUUAUUGAAUUUUUAUAUUAUACUCAGUGUUCCAUUUACAAUAAUGUUUUUGUACUAAUUGUAAUUUUUGAUAUGAUUUUAAAAAUAUUCAAUAGCCAUAGCUGUAUUCAAUUGCCCUACACUGUGAUAAUAAUUAUCUCACGCAUUGAAAAAAGAGCUUUUGAUUUAUAUAUAUAAUCGAUAAGUAUCAGUGUAAACAAAUAUACAUUCCCAUCGAGCUUUAUAAACUAAGUACUUAUAGAAAGCAAUGUGCUGACAUCGUGAAUAUUAACAAUUUUUGACCAAAAAAUUACUUACCUACGCAAUAUGUUGUCUUUAUUCUAAUAAUCUUUUGGACUUUGAAAAUUGUGGUAGAUUGAGUAACAACCUAAGCUCAGAAUACACUGUUUUAAUGUAGAAAGAAUACCGAAUAAUUACACAAACACAAAUCAGAUUAUAUACGUAGGAUAACCAUAGACAGAACAACGUAACUAUUGAAUCCUCUAUGUCUUAGUAUGUAUAAAUAUACUUAAAAUGUGUUCCUCUAAUAAAUUGAAUCAAUUUGUAUGAAUCAAUAUUAUAUUGAGAGACGUAAAGUCAAUAUUUCCGAAGGCAGGAUUUCGUUACAUUACAAAAUUUUCAAUUUCAAUUCAUAAUAUAUUUCUAACCAAAUAAGUACCAAAUAUUAAUUUAAUUAUAUUUUUGUUAAUUAUUUUAAUUGAUGUGAUAAUUAUGAGUUACCGAAUAGGUAUGUAUUGAUAUCUACUCAAUCUUUUUGUAAUAAAAUGAAUUUAAAUA